ACUCCACGCUAGUUUUAACAAUAUUAUUACUACACUAUGGGGAGAUUAAGUUUAUUAGGUUCACUUAUUUUAACUCACUUAGUGUGUCUUCAAGUUGGAGUUGUUUGUGGUGCUACCAAUGGAAAGAAAUUGGUGACAGUGUUGAGCAUUGAUGGAGGUGGAAUUAGAGGCAUUAUUCCUGGAACUCUUCUUGCCUUUCUUGAAUCCAAACUUCAGGAGAUUGAUGGACCUAAUGCAAGAAUUGCAGAUUACUUUGAUGUGGUUGCGGGAACAAGCACAGGUGGACUAAUAACCACUAUGCUCACAGCUCCAAAUAGGGAUAAUCGUCCUUUAUAUGCAGCAAAAGAUAUUUCUAGCUUCUACAUGGAGCACUGCCCUCACAUCUUUCCUCAAAGCCGGCGUAAAAACUUUGUGAAUAAUAUUGCACAUUUGUUUGGAGGACCAAAGUAUGAUGGAGAGUACUUGAGACUAUUGGCUGAUUCAAUAUUAGGGAACCUUACUAUAAAGCAGAUGUUAACUCAUACAGUAAUUCCAGCUUUUGAUAUCAAGCGCCUUCAACCCAUUAUCUUCACUACUGUUGAUGGCAGAACAAAUGGUUUAAAGGAUGCCCUACUGUCAGACAUCUGCUUGAGUACCUCUGCAGCCCCAACUUAUUUCCCAGUACACUAUUUUGAGACUAGGGAUUCUGCAGGGAGAAUCCACACAUUUGAUCUUAUUGAUGGAGGUGUAGCUGCAAAUAAUCCUACUCUAAUGGCAAUCACACACAUUUCAAAAGAAAUAAUGAUGGGAAGCUUAAAGUAUGAAGAGAUGGAAACAAUGGACAGCAAGAAAAUGUUGGUUUUAUCAUUAGGGACAGGUAUUGGGAAGCACCAAGGGAAGUAUAAUGCAGCAUCAGCUUCAAAGUGGGGCUUACUUGGUUGGGUAUACAACAAUGGUGACAGUCCAAUAAUAGAUGUUUAUAGUGAUGCAAGUGCUGAUAUGGUGGACAUACAUGUUUCAACCAUGUUUCAAACCCAUCAUAAUGAAAAAAAUUACCUCAGAAUUCAGGAUGAUAAUUUGAUUGGGGAUGCUGCAUCAAUGGAUAUAGCAACCACAGAAAACAUGGAGACACUUGUGCAAAUUGGUAACAAUCUAUUGAAGAAGCCAGUGUCUAGAGUCAACUUAGAGACAGGCCAAUAUGAACCAGUUCAUGGGGAGGGCACCAAUGAAGAAGCUCUUAUCCGUUUUGCUUACUUGCUUUCACAUGAAAAGAAACUAAGAAGUUAGACUACAUUGAUUUGGGUACCAAAAAUUGGUGAGAUUUGUUCUAUUAAGUUCCUAAAUUGAAGGCUAUUUAAUUUAUUGUAAAGUGA